AGGUUCUUCUCCUGGCUCUGGAGUCGGAAACGCUUUGAACCAAAAUACUGGGGUCCAGCUGAUGCCUUACGGUGAUCAGGAUCGUUUCGUGUGUCUGCGCCUUUCUUUUUUCCUUUAAGUAAUAUUCUGGUAUUUCUGUUCCUUAUUAGUAAUCUACUGUAAGCUUUCUUUGGUGUUGACGGGAAUACCUAGCUAAUCAUUCUUCAUCUUCUAUUUCUACAGAUUUUACUUGCUGAGGUGUGCGAGAGUGGAGUUUUUAUAUGUUUAUUUGGGUGUUUUUUCUAUUUUGGGUUGUUUAGGGGUUGUUUUGGUUUUUUCUCCUGAAUGCUUUCUCUUUGUCAAGUAAAGCCUAUUAUCUCUCUGACAUCGUUUAUCAAGGUAACUUUAAAAUAAGGUCUUGUUCUCAGACAUGCACAUAGCCCUUCCCACACUGUAAUAUAUGUACAUUUUUAAAGUGCUUGCUUCAUUUUGUCAUUUCAGUUAUUAAUCUGAGUAUGGGAGGAUGCUGAACCCUGAACAGCUUUAGGCACUCUCCAAAUCUAGUCGUGUGGGCGUUUUUUUAGCAACAAAUAGUUAGAAAAACGCCUUACACUACUUUGAUUCGAUCAUGUUGUGUUGCUUUGAUGUGGAGCAGUGAUAAAAAAUCCUGCAGAGGCAAAACAUUCAAUCCCUGUCUCUCACCUUUUCACUUGAUCGAUUCCCCAUUAUGUAUUUCUCAAAAUUAAAUUGUGCUAGUUGCCUAGUUUCUUUAUCUCUUCAUUCUUUAUGUCUUGCUAUUUCUGGAUGUUUCAUAAAGGUUAUGUUUGUGUUUCGUAUUACUUUCUUACUUCUGCAUAGUGGGAAGACUUUUAAUAUGAAGAACAUAGGUUUAGAGUCAUCACCAGGAAGGUGAUCUAGGAAAUGUAUUUUUAUGUCAUCAAUUCAUGGCAUAAACAUGAGUUCUUACAACUUGUUUAGUGAUUGUGCAUGGCUAUUACACUUUUUUACAGGGCGCUAUUUUCCAAAACGAACCAAGCAUAUGCUUAUAGUUGAAGCAAAGUUUGAUGGUGAACAGUUGGCUACUGAUCCUGUAGAGCAUACUGAUCAGCCAGAAUUUGCUACAGAAUUGGCUUGGGAACUUGAUAGGAAAGCACUUCAUCAGCACAGGCUGCAGCGUACACCUAUCAAACUCCAGUGUUUUGCAUUGGAUCCUGUGUCUUCAGCUAAAGAGAAUAUAGGCUAUAUUGUACUUGAUUUAAGGGCUGCACAGGAGAAGAAACAGGCACCGAAAUGGUAUCCACUGCUUAGUAACAAGUACACUAAAUUUAAAUCUGAAAUACAAGUAGGUGUUGUGUUGGAGACUGAUUCAAGAACAUCUGUUGAUGGUUUUAAAGCAAAGGAGGCACCCCCUAGAGAAGGGAAGGCAUCUGCCCUUCUUUCUGGACUAGACCCUAGAAGUGUUGUACCAGUCUUGAAUGAAGAAGAGGGUUAUCAUCAAAUUGGCCCAGAAGAGUACUGCAGAGACUACUUUGUCCUGUCGGUAACCAUUGCAUUUGCCACACAGCUGGAACAGUUAGUUCCUAGUACUAUGAAGCUUCCUGAACGACGACCUGAGUUUUUUUUCUACUACUCAUUACUGGGAAAUGAUGUCACAAAUGAACCUUUCACUGAUUUAAUCAAUCCAAACUUCGAGCCAGAAAGAGCUUCAGUUCGAAUACGUAGUACAGCUGAUGUCCUUCAAGUUUAUUUUUGUGCACAGUCAAAAUUGCAGAUCCAUCUUUGCUGUGGAGACCAGUCUCUUGGAAGCACUGAAGUACCCCUGUCUGGACUACUGAAGAAAGGAAAUGUGGAUCAACACCCUGUGGCAAUAGAAGGAGCAUUUGUCCUUAUUCCACCAAACAGAGCUAAACAGAAACUGCCACAUUUGCCUUUGGAUAUGGCUCCUACUGUUGGGGUAUCUAUAGUUCUGCAAAGGGAGAGCUUGAGUUCUCAGCCUUUGAUUCCCUUAAAUGCUCCAACUGAACCUAAACAGCCACAAGAGAAAGCUCUUUCACCCAUUAGUGGAAAAACAGAGGGCCUCCAGGAGAGAUCCCAGAAUAUCCCAUAUCAAGCCUCCCACUCUUCAGCAGAAGAUGAAGCAACAGAAAGUGAAGUGGAAAGUCUUAAGUUUGAAAAAGGCACAAGUCUAAAGACAAAAGGGCUAGUGUCUGAGCCUUGCCAGGAGGUUAACCAAGAGUGUACUGAAGAGCUUCCUGUUUUCAAAUCACAGGGCAGAGCAAAGUCACCUCUAUUGCCAGAUCUGCAGAAUUCCACUGAUAAAGGUGCAGCGGCUGCAUCUCGACCCACCCCUGGGAGUGCUUCCAGUUCAUCUGAGCCCAAGUCAGCACAGAAAAUUGUAAUUCCAGCAGCCUCUCACCAUUUUUGCUUUUCAAUAGACUUACGAAGUAUACGCAGUCUGGAAGUUGGUUUUCCUAUAAAUUGUGUUUUAAGGUACUUGUAUCCAUUUUUUGGCAGUGCAGCACCUAUUAUAACAAGCCCACCUGUAGAAGUCAGAAAGAACAUGGAAGUCUUUCUCCCACAGUCCUGCUGUGCAUUUGACUUUGCAGCUACACCUCAUCAACUUCAAGAUACUUUCUUCAGAUUACCUCUGCUAGUUGAAUUGUGGCACAAGGAUAAAACAGCUAAAGACUUACUUCUAGGGGUGGCAAGACUCCAGCUGUCAAAUGUUUUAGCUUCAGAAAAAACCCGUUUCUUGGCUGGUAAUGGCGAACAGUGCUGGCGUCAGACUUCUAAUGAAACAGUCAGUGUCACAGCAGCACAAGGGUCAGGCAACAGGAUAGCAGAGCUUUCAUAUGCUAUCACUUUGGAAGACUACGGGCUUGUGAAAAUGCAAGAAAUUCUGGUGUCAGAUUCUUCUCAAUGUGCAGGUGCUGGUCAGCAAUGUCAUGUCCCUCAUGUUCAGACUUAUUGUGCCCCAGAAAACCAUCCAGAACCUCGAGAAACUCAUGAAUACAAAGCGGCACUGGAGUUAGAAAUGUGGAAAGAAAUGCAAGAGGACAUUUUUGAAAAUCAGCUUAAAAAAAAGGAAACAGCCCAUAUGCAAGCACUUGCAGAAGAAUGGAAAAAAAGAGAUAGAGAGAGAGAAGCAGUAGUGAAGAAAAAGGUAGCAGAAUAUACUGCUUUGGAAGAACAACUUCAGAAAACCCUGAGAGAUCUAGAUAAAAGAGAACGACAGCUUUUUAGUGCUGAAUCAGAGCUUCAUAGAGUAAAGAAGGAGUUGCAAGCAGAGCAUGAACGAAAACUGCAGGAGCUACAGGAUUCUAUGCGACGAGCCAAAGAAGAAUGUACACACCAAGUUGAGCUAGAAAGGUCAAAAAUCAAACAGUUGGAGGAAGACAAGCUUCGUUUACAUCAGCAGCUUUAUGAAGCAGAAAAUAAGCAUAAAAUUUUGGAGAAGGAGUUCCAGCAAUACAAAGAACAGCAAAGCAGCAAACCAGAAAUCCAGCUACAAUCAGAAAUAAAUCUUCUCACUUUAGAAAAGGUUGAACUUGAAAGAAAGUUAGAGUCAGCUACCAAGUCAAAGCUCCAUUACAAACAACAAUGGACAAGGGCUUUAAAAGAACUUGCAAGGUUAAAACAGCGUGAACAAGAAAAUGCAAUGGCUCACCUUAAAAAACAGCAACAAGAGCUGGAGCACAUGAGAUUGCGCUAUUUGGCAGCAGAAGAAAAAGAGCUGGGUAAGACAGAUCGGCAAGAGCUGGAGGAUAUCAGAAAUGAACUUAACAGGCUGAAGAAAAAAGAAGAAGAGAGAAAGCAACUGCAAGAGAUUAGAGAUAAUUCUGCUGGUAUAGUGGAUAGUCUUCAUUCUAGAAAAAUAAAUGAGAACAUGGAUGAUUACCUCUCUCGUCUGGUAGAAGAGAGGGAUACCCUGUUGAGAACAGGAGUAUAUAAUCAUGAAGACCAUAUUGUAAGUGAACUUGAUCGUCAAAUCAGAGAAGCUGUUGUGAAAAGGAGCAUCACUAAGUGAAAGCAUACAAAAAGUUGUUAAAAAGAGCCACAAUUUGAAGAGUGAGUGAUGUUUUUUAUAAACCUGUACCACUUUGGAAUCUAUGUAAGGUCAUGCUUAAUUUUGCACACUAUUGUUACCUUGUUUUGAAGUCAUUGUAAAUAUUUGUAACCCAUGAAGUUAAUUGCAGUUGUAAGUUUUAUGGGGGGAUGGCUUUUUUAAUGUUUUUAUACUCAUGUAUAUACAUGUAUAUAUAUUUAUCUUGUGUACUUUCUUCUGAAAUAUUUUCUACCUCUUUUUGCAUCACACUGACUAAGUUUAUUUGUUGUAUUUCUAAUGUUAAUUCUAAAAUUUUUGGUCAAUAUUAUCAUAAUUCCUUUCCAUUUUUAAAAAGGUAUCUUCAGCUGUUCUGUGGAAAAGUGACAUCAAAUGUUUUCCUUGACAGAACUCUUUAAUUCUGAACAGGAGUGCAGCAUCAACCAAGAGUCUUUUUUUUAUUUAUUUCUUUUUUCGCCUGAAUUACAGAUAAUACAUUUUUGCUUCUCCAACUGUAGCUAACUUAACUGAGUUCUGCAGUAAAUAGGAGACAAGGUUUUGAGGAGGGUGGGGUAGAAUUUUCAAAUGUUAUGAAUUUGAGAUUGAGUCAAUUAUUAAGGAACUAGCCUGAAUGUACAGGAUACAAAUCCCUUUGUUGCCCUAGCAGUUUUGCACAUGGGCCUGCGAAGGGAGAACACAGGAAAGUAAAGACUUAGUUCAGAAAUACACGUGUCCUUAUGUCCAUCCUUAAUGAGAAGUGGUACUAAAAGCACUUAUUCAGUGAAUUUACACGCUUUAAAUUCUGAACUCGUAUAUAAACCAAGAGAUCUUCUACAUAGGAUGUUUUCCGUAAUCAAGACCUAACCGUGUUACUUCAUUACUACUUACAUUGUAUGUAAGGUUUGGUUUGUCGAAGUAUGAAUAGAGCACAGUCUCAAGGUGUUUAAAUGCCAGAGGAGAAAUCCACAACAGGUGUUAGUUUAUGCAUAACCACAAUUGAAAAAGUUUUGGUUUCUAGCCUUCAUUCUGUUUUAGUAAAUUUAAAAUAAUCUGUGUGAAUCUAGCUAACAACACUACCUUACAACAUCAUCCUUUCAAUUAGGCGUUUUUGUCUUUCAUGUAGUCACAAAUGUUUCUCUGUUUGAAUGUCAAGUACUGAAAAUGUCUUAGGAUUUGUUACCUUUAGAAUGAACAAGAUACCAAUGCAAAACUUGUGGGUUUUGGGUUUUUUUUACAUUAAAUCAGUGAAUUUCCAUGGAUAUGACUGUAUAUGUGUAACCUUCCUUUUGUUAUAUAUUAAUUAUUAAAUGGUUAUUAUGUAUUGUAUCUGGUUUUGCCUCUAUGUGCAUUCUUUUUCCUCCUUACCACAGGCAUAUCUCCUGUUAAAUAAACCAUUCAUUUUGGCUCCUUCGAAAAGUUUUAAACAAGCUGCAUAAACAUAGAAAUCAUAUUCUGCAAGGAAUUAUCACUUCACAAGUUGAAACUUUUUAAGGAAUGUUUUUGUAUUAAUUUGCAUACCCUACUAUUUUUCAAGAUAGUGUGACUAAAUAGAUCCACUGGCAAAGCAAGUAACACCUUCAUAAAUCAAAUACAAAUAAAUGAAAAAUAAUUUUACAUUUUUUUAAAAUCAUGGCUGUGCCAUAUCGCUGAUGCACGAUCAUAUCCAAAUGAAUCAGGGAGCUUCUUUCUUGACAGGAAGACUUGCUCAUGCCGUUCUUCAAAUGCUUGCUCACUCACUAGAAGUGUAGUUUCUUCUUCAAACGCUGGAGGGUGCCUUAGACUUAAAGUUCACAAAGAUUGGGUUGACUACGUUUUCAUAAUUGUGUUUUUGUUUUUUUGUUUUUUAAACUAGUAUUCUGUGACUUUUCAGAUGUGUUACUUCAUUAAAUAAAAUUAAAAUUUUAAGGUA